AUGUCGACACCGAGCACAAUAGUCACAGCGCCGAUGAACACAUCAACGACAUAUCAACCAACCAGCUACGUCACCAAUAUGGAUAUUUCAUAUGACUCGCUGCCCUCUUCACUGGACGAUGCUUCCGAUCGCUUCUCGAGUCAAGCAGGGUCGCUUCGACUAGACAGCUGGGGCCUCUCGAAUGACGAUGCAAUGUCAGGGUUCCUCACAAACGACAGCCCGUCUUUUCAUUCUCCACCGACAUUCGAAAUAGACGGGAGUGGCAGUAGUGCCGACUUUCCAGACUCGUUUGGGCACAUGCAGGUGGGAUGCAUGGACACUACUUCACACGGUCAGCACAGCCACAUCUUGGAAUGCAACGCUCGACUAUGCAACCUGAAUCUAGACCUUUCCAAGCGGCUGCAGGAGUGUCUUGGUACAACGCCGCAAGGGUCGCCGAGGCUAUACAAUGCGAAACCCGAGGACGGCAGCACAGGGGACCGUGAUGGCAUCAAUACUACAUUGGAGCGCGCCUUGGGCGACCUCUCCGAGUUUAUCGCAGUCAUCCGAUCUUACGUGUCAACACGGAAUGACUUCGACCGAGGAAACCCAACCGGAGAGCCUAUAGGGCAAGGAGUUGGCUCUGGGCCUGGCAUCAGUGCUACGCCAAAGAUCAGUCUUGUCUUCCUGAUCAACCUCCUCUCCGCAUAUCUCCAACUCGUAACCAUCUACGACAAAAUCUUCAGCCCGCACCGCACGCGGCUCUGCAGCACCGCGUCCCUGGAACCAAGCUGCACAAGCCCCAGCCAGCAGCCCCUGGACUUCCGGCUUCUUGGGCUCUCCGCCGCCCAGGGGACCCUGCAGACCAAGAUCCUAAUCCAUGCUAUACUGCACCAGUUCGAUGUUAUCGAGCGCAUGCUAGGGCUGCCGGCCGAUCUCCGGGUUACCGACACCCAGGACGUGUAUCUAGGCCUUUUCGAAGACGAGCGCGCGAGGAGCUUGCUCGGCGCCGUAAGCAAUGCCAAGCGCAUUGAGACUAGCUGGGCCCAAGCCCAGUUCAAUAUGGAGGAUUAUGGUGGCGCAAAUGCUCUGUCUGCGCUGAGAAUGACGUUAAAAGUAAUGCAGGGCUUUUUAGACACAUGA